CGAGGAGGCCGGCGCGCAGCGAACCGGCGGGCUGCGGGUUGCGGGCGGCUGCGGACCGCGGGGAGGCGGAAAGUUUCUCCGCCCGCCUCAUCCAGCGAGUCAGCGUCGGCGAGCUACGGGCCCAGCCCGGCCCAGCGCCUCUGCAAAACGAGAGGACCGCACAGCAAAAUACACUGAAAAAAAAGAAUCCCAAGCCAGCGCCGGGGGCAGGUCUAUGGCUGUCCAUGCUCUGUGAGGGUUUUGCUAUGACCGCAGUCUUCUUGCAAAGUCAGGUCUGCCCCUCACUGUCACAGCCACCUCAAGCCCCCACAUCUUGGUCACUGCGUCAUUGUCACCAUGGGCAGUGUCAGCAGCCUCAUCUCCGGUCACGGCUUCCACAGCAAACACUGCCGGGCCUCGCAGUACAAGCUGCGCAAAUCCUCCCACCUCAAGAAGCUCAACCGCUACUCGGACGGGCUGCUGAGGUUUGGUUUCUCCCAGGACUCUGGUCACAGCAAGUCCAGCUCCAAAAUGGGCAAGAGCGAAGACUUCUUCUAUAUCAAGGUCAGCCAGAAGGCCCGGGGCUCCCACCGCCCAGACUACACGGCACUGUCCAGUGGAGAUGUCGGGGGCCCAACUGGGGUGGACUUUGAUCCGUCUACGCCACCCAAGCUCAUGCCCUUCUCCAACCAGCUGGACAUGGGCUCGGAGAAGGGCCCGGUGAGGCCCACAGCCUUCAAGCCGGUGCUGCCACGGUCUGGAGCCGUCCUGCACUCUUCCCCUGAGAGUGUCAGCCACCAGUUGCAUCCGGUCCCUCCAGACAAGCCCAAGGAUCAGGAGGCGAAGCCAGGCCUGUGCUCUGGGGCGCUUUCUGACUCGGGCCGCAACUCCAUGUCCAGCCUACCCACGCACAGCACCAGCAGCAGCUACCAGCUGGACCCACUGGUCACACCCGUGGGGCCCACCAGCCGUUUCGGAGGCUCAGCCCACAACAUCAUGCAGGGCGUCCUCCUGCAGGACAGCAACAUGACAAGCUUGAAGGCUCUAUCGUUCUCAGAUGGGGGCAGCAAGCUGGCGCACUCGGGCAAGGUGGACAAGAGCGCUUCGUGCGUGCGCUCCCCUAUCUCCACAGACGAAUGUGCCAUCCAGGAGCUGGAGCAGAAGCUGCUGCAGAGGGAGGGUGAGCUGCAGAAGCUACAGCGGAGCUUCGACGAGAAGGAGUUUGCCUCCAGCCAGGUCUUUGAGGAGCGGGUGCGACGCAGCAGGGACGAGCAGGAAGGCCCUGAGCCCAAGGGUGGCGGUGGGAAGCUGAAGCAGGCAGCGUCACAGAAGAGCCAGCGCACACAGCAGGUCCUGCACCUGCAAGUGCUCCAGCUACAGCAGGAGAAGCGACAGCUGCGGCAGGAGCUUGAGAGCCUCAUGAAGGAGCAGGACCUGCUGGAGACCAAGCUCCGGUCGUAUGAGCGGGAAAAGACCAACUUUGCCCCAGCACUGGAAGAGACCCAGUGGGAGGUGUGCCAGAAGUCAGGUGAGAUCUCUCUCCUGAAGCAGCAGCUCAAGGAGUCCCAGAGCGAGGUGAAUGCCAAGGCCAGUGAGAUCCUCAGUCUGAAGGCACAGCUGAAGGACACUCGGGGCAAGCUGGAGAAUAUGGAGCUGAGGACGCAAGACCUGGAGGGUGCCCUGCGCACCAAGGGCCUGGAGCUGGAGGUGUGCGAGAACGAGCUGCAGCGCAAGAAGAAUGAGUCGGAGCUGCUGCGGGAGAAGGUAAAUCUACUGGAGCAAGAGCUGCUGGAGUUGCGGGCCCAGGCUGCCCUGCAGCGGGAGAGCGCAUCCCUGGGGCCGGGGCUGGUAGCUGUGCCCACCUUCUCAGAGGACAUCCCUGCCCUGCAAAGGGAGCUGGAGCGCCUGCGGGCCGAGCUGAAGGAGGAGCGGCAAGGCCACGACCAGAUGUCCUCAGGCUUCCAGCACGAGCGGCUGGUGUGGAAGGAGGAGAAGGAGAAGGUGAUCCAGUACCAGAAGCAGCUGCAGCAGAGCUACCUGGCUAUGUACCAGCGAAACCAGCGCCUGGAAAAGGCACUGCAGCAGCUGACCCGCGGGGACGGGGCUGGGCAUUCCUUUGAGAUUGACCUGGAAGGGGCUGACAUCCCCUACGAGGACAUCAUAGCCACGGAGAUCUGAGGGGCCGCCUGGGGAAGGGGAGGGCUGGGGACCUGGCAGCAGGGGGACAGGGGCCAGCCUGCUCUAAGAGGGGCCCCCUGCACAGCAACUUGGCCGCCCGGCACAGACCCAAGACCUGCCAGUGGUGGUGGGCAGGGGUCACUACAUUGCCUCCUUCCCUGAUCCCACCUCACCCACUCCGCAGAGCACUGGACCGUGGCUCUGACUCCCCAGCUUUCCAGGAGACAGGCACAGGAUCCCCAUGGGCCAGUUAAGGGCUCCCUAAAUCUUGGCCUCUGCUCAAAUGGGAGACCCUCUGCCAUGAACCAGGCUGCCUGUGCUAAAGGCCUAAGGACCAUGCCAAGGACAGAAGCUCCCAUCCACGUCUCAUCCCCAAAUUCCCCUUAGCCCUCAGGAUGCCUUGGAAAUAGAAGGAAGCCAUGUGUGCCCAGAAGCCUUGAUCUGUCCUCAUAACCUGAGCCCUGCUCCUCUGGCCUGGAAGGUGUAGGAGUUGGGAUGAGGUGGGGGAAGCAGUCAGGGUUACCUGAGGCAGAUUAGUGGGGCCUGACAUCUAACUAAACAGUGCAGCCCCUGAACAGCUGGUGGCAUUUGCCUCCAUGACCACUGCUCUCAAAGCCAUAGGCACAGAGGCCCUGGGGCACCGGAACAGGGACACUGAGGGCCUGGCUUCCCAGCUGCCCCCCAGUGAGCCUCCUGAAUGCCCCACCUAGGACAGAGGCAGGGUUCUCUGGCCGGCAGCCCCUCCUCAAGGACUUCCCAGACCUCAGGCUUCUGCGUUGAUGCAGAGUGACCCUCUCUAUUGGCAGGGGUGGAGGGGGACUUUUGAUCUGGGAGUUUCUUCCUCUGCCUGUGGCCCAAGUCUGCAUCCUCUCCCCAUAGCAUCUUUAGCUCUGAGUGCUGGGUCAGACUUGGAGUAGGUCCCCAAGUCUGAACAGUGCCCAGGGUGCUUGGGCAUUGGAGGUGUGCAUGCCUGUGCGCGCGCGUGCACACACACACAUACACACACACACACACACACACACAGCCUUAUGCACACCUGGGGCCACUACUGCCCUCCCUCCCCACCUUGCACCCCACAGGAGCCCCCGGCUGUGUGUCCCUACUGAGAGCAGUGGCCAUCCGGGGACACAGGCAGUGUCCAUGGGAGGUUGGGCUUUCUCUUUUGAAAUGCCCAGAGUAAGGGGAAAAGAACAGCAGAGCUUCUCAGUUGCUUGGUUCAGGAAAUUUUUUCUUUUCUUUCUUCUUCUUUUUCUCUUUCUGGUCUUCCUCAGAAGCAAGCCAGAUCUAGCAGGCAGCCAGGCUGCUCCACGUUCUAUUUUUGACAUAGCCGCAGCUGCUGUUGGCAGGACAGCCAGCCCUUGCUGGAUUCCUGCUCCUCAUGCCUGCCGAGAGGGGCCAGGGUGGAGGAGAGAUGAGCACGCCAGAGUCUUGAUGGUCCGGGUACAGUCUACAGUGCUGGCUUCCUUCCACACACUGGUCUUUGAACCCGGGCAGGAGUGGGGUGGCUCCCGGCAAACCCACGCCUGGCCCUGCCCUGAGUGUGGGGUGCUUCCCCAUGACCCCUUCCUGUUCUCUGGGUUAGGUGGUACCUGUCUUGCUGUGCUCCUGUGACAGGUGUCCCCCGGAAUCUCAAACCAUUUCUCUUGGUUGCAGGCUGGAUUGAAAUCUGAAAUUACCAAGCUCAAGGGCCUCUCCCUGUCCCCUCUACCGGUGACAGUCCUAACCCCCCACAGGUCCUGUGCUUUGUUCGAGGCCUUCCUCCCAGUGAGACUGCCCCAGCUUGGGCUGAGGACCCCCACCAGGAGCGGGCAGGGCAGAGCAGGACAGGGGUCAGGCUUACCCACCCAAGCUCAGCCUUCCCUCCCCAUGGUCCUGCAGCGCUGCCCAUUUCGGAGACAUCCACCUGCCCUGGCCUUGCCCACUUCGGAGUUGACAGGGCAGACAGCCUUACUAGGCUGCCACCAGCCCCAGGCCCCAGGGCACCAUAAUGGGAGCGUCCUGCUGGCUCCCUGUCCUGUGGGUGCCCUUCCUUCCUGUUGAAAAGCAUCUUGCUGUGCUGGGACCUCACCAAACCCAGCCUGUGAAGGGAGGCUGUGGGCACCUGAGGCCAAGCUGGGGUGGCUGAGCUCAGAGAGGAUGCUUGCUCACUUACACUCAUGCUGUCUGCUCCCCAAAAGGCCGCAGGCCUGAUGGUGCUCAGGUUCUGUAUCAGCCAGUAGCUCCUCUUCAAGGAGGGGGUCCCCUCAGGUGUCAGAGGCACCAGACCUAGGGCUCCUCACACGAGUGUUCGGUGAGCUCCAGCUGGGCACACUCAGCCCCCACUGCACUGAGCUCAGGCAUCUGCUGAGCCGCGUGUCCCAGGCUCUCCUAGGCUAUCUCUUAAGUGACAGAGCUGCCCCAGAGGAAGCCAGGCUGGGCCAUAGGGCAGCAGCCUCAGGCCAGGGUUCCCUGUGGCCCCUACCCUACCAGAGCCUGUGACCCCUGGCUGGUGAUGCCGGCUCUCGGCGCCUGACCGGUUUCCCUCUGCUGUCUGAGUAAAACUGGCUUUGGGUGGACUGGCACUUGGAAGACUGUACAUAGUUAUUUUCCUCUCGGUUGUUUCUGGUUUGCUUUGCAUUGCUUUCGAUGACUUCAUCUUAUUUUAUUUUUGAUGUCACUUUUUGGUCAUGUAAACUAUUUCUGGUUAUGUUGUGUUUUUAUUUAUGAAUAAAGAAUGCCAUUUCUCAUGC